CGGGAUUCCCUACCCGGGCUCGGUGCGGCCCCGCGGUGCCUCCGUCCCGUCCCGUCCUGUCCCGUCCCGUCCCGUCCCAUCGCCGCCGGCUCCGCGCUAGCACCGGGCACCCUCCUGCCGCUUUCGCCGCUCCUGCCCCGGCUGCCGCGGGGCGCGACCCUCGGCCGGCAUGAAAGUCACGUCCCUCGACUGCCGCCAGCUGCGGAAGCUGCUGCGGAAGGAGCCCUCCCGCUGCCUGGUGCUGGACUGCCGGCCCUACCUGUCCUACUCGGCUUCCUGCCUUCGCGGCUCGCUCAAUGUCAACCUCAACUCGGUGGUGAUGCGGCGGGCCCGCGGCGGGGCCGUGCCGCUCCACUUCGUGGUGCCCGACGCCGCGGCCCGAGCCCGGCUGCUGCUGGGCGGCGAGGGGACGGCGGGGGCCGCCCGCCUGGCGGCCGUGGUGGUGCUGGACCAGAGCACGGGCCACUGGCAGAAGCUGAAGAAGGACAGCACAGCCCAGAUCGUCCUCAACGCCCUGCUCUCCAGCCUGCCGGAGGCUGGGGCCAGGGUCUGCUUCCUGAAAGGGGGAUAUGAAACCUUUAACUCCCAAUAUCCUGAGUGCUGCGUGGAUGGAAAACUCAUUUCCCCAGAGAGGACGGAGUCAGAGAGAAACCUUGCCAGCCACUGUGAGAAGCAGAGUGCCAACCACAAACCCGCUUACGACCAGGGUGGUCCAGUCGAAAUCUUGCCUUUUCUCUACCUUGGUAGUGCCUAUCAUGCUUCCAAGUGCGAAUUUCUCGCCAACCUACACAUCACAGCCCUGCUAAAUGUCUCCAGGAAAAGCUCAGAGUCCUUCAAAGACCAGUAUUGCUACAAGUGGAUCCCAGUGGAGGACAGUCACACAGCAGACAUCAGCUCUCACUUCCAGGAAGCCAUAGACUUCAUUGAUUACGUCAGGCGAACAGGCGGCAAGAUCCUGGUGCACUGUGAGGCGGGCAUCUCACGCUCCCCUACCAUCUGCAUGGCCUAUCUCAUGAAGACAAAGAAGCUGCGCCUGGAUGAAGCCUUCGAUUACAUCAAGCAGCGCCGCAGCCUGAUCUCACCAAACUUUGGUUUCAUGGGCCAGUUGCUACAAUACGAGUCAGAGAUCUUGUCUUCCACCCCCAGCCCCCCUGUCGCCUCAUGCAAAAGAGAAGCUGCAUCUUUCUUUGCAGAGGAACUGACUUUGGGCAAAAACUUUGAGGGCUCAUGCUUUGCCUUUCCUACCUCAGUGUUGAGUUCUGUGCCCAUCCACUCUCCUGUCCACCAGCUGAAGCUCAGCCCAAUGACAGCAUCUUCGUCCUGCUGAACACCGUGGGGGGCCCAGAGCUGGUGUGGUCCUGAUCCAAACUGUGAUCCCCAACAAGAACAUUUCAUGAAUGUGCAAUAGAGAAACCUCAUCCACUUACUCUGAGAUGGAGUGGUUGUCAUGGAUCAUACUUCCCAUACGCUGUGACUGUAAGAUGCAAGUGGUCUAAGCAUGGCAGGUUUUCUGAACUUUUAUUGUCCUUUUUUUAAAAAAAAUACAAAGUGCUUUUUUAGGGUUUUAACCACACAACGUGCACCCACUACUGUAUUUCCAGAUUCCUGGAGAACCAUGAGAAAUCCAUUUAGUGUGUUCUCAGUUCCCAUCUCCUUCCCAUCUUAUUUUUGAAAAGACCCUUAUUUAAAGUUUCAAGCAAUAAACAGCAACAGCAGGGAAGAAAGCAUAACGAAAAGCACUACCUUUGCAACCACAGAGAUGGUGGGAGUGAAUAUUUGUUCAAAUCUUUCUCUGGCUUUCCUCCUCCCCUCUCCUGUGUCAUGUUUCAGGGAGCAAAGGGCUGGAGUGGGGAGAGGGAAUGCCUUUCCCAGGACACUGUUGCACAACCAGGUGAAAAUCCCCUCUCCUGCUCCAGCCUCUGAAGUGUCAGGUAUUGUCCACAGUGUAACUGGAUACCAACCCCACCAGUGGGUCCAUUCAGGUGUGGCAUUUCCUGUACUUCUGUAUUUGCCUUUGUACUGGAUGGGCUUUUAAGUAAAGCAGGGACUUAACAUCUAUCAGCUACCCUGCUGAGCUAUUAUCCUCCCAUCUGUUAUUUAAGAACAGCCCUAGAAUACUUGAAUGUCUCCAAAAUCCUCAUCGAAUCCACUUCCCAUCAGAUAACGCUGUAAAACACUGUAACUGCUGGACUUCACACCAAAAAAACCUGACAAGCUUUCAGCUCCAAGACAACUUUUCCUCCAUCCCUUCCCAAUUGUUCCCAUUGUGUAUCAUGUGUGGUCAAGUGGUCUUUUUCAGUGUUAUGUGACUUGCUUAGAGUGUGUGGUCACCUCUAGUCAGCCUUGGUCCAGAAAAAAUGGUUUCUGUCUUGCUCACAUUGGCUUCUGUGUCCACAGAGAGUUCAGGAUGAGUGUCUCUGUCUGUUGGCCUUUUUAUUAUUUUUAAAUAUGUAAUAUGUAUGGGAAAUGGCAAUAAUUUCCAGGAGAUCUCGUGAACGUGAAAGAAAACUUGCAAUGGUUUUUAUGGAGUGUAAAAAAUAAUAAAGGAAAAAAAUGCCAGGAAAAUAAAGCUAUUUGUUGUACUUGGA